AUGUUAGAAGCAUUGGAUUUUGAUAUCAAUAUACCCUUGCCACAUCACUUUUUAGAUCGAGCAUUUGCAGCUUGUAAUGAUCUAACUCUAACUGGCAAGGCAAAAAUAGAAUUAGUUUGUCGUUAUCUUUUCGAAUUGAACUUAACUGAACUAUCAACUGCAGGUACUUUAGCUAGUGUAAAAUGCGCAGCUGGUGUCUACUUGGCACGUGAGCUUAUACGAUUAAAGUAUGAAAGUGGAAAAAGCGGAACAGAUGAUAUUCGGAUUGAAAAUAAUGGCGUCUUGGGUUUAUCAGUAACAUUUGAAACAUGGCCAAAAGUACUUGGCCUAAGUAUGGGACAUGAGAAUGUUACCAAUUUAUUGCCAAUAGUACUUAUAUAUGUGCAAAAUAUUGUACGAACUUUACCAAUCUCCAACAUAAACAACAGAAAUUACGAGGCUGCCUUUCAUAAAUUCAGUAAUCGAAGCUAUGGCCGAAUAGCUCAGUCUAGCUUGCUUUUGGACGCUGAUUAUGAUUUCAUUGUACAAGAUAUCAGGAGAAAAAUGACAUCCAAUUCAAAGUGGACAAAUAUGGACUGUCAUGAAGAAAGUCGAAACGUAGAACGAACAACUUUAAGAAUGAAAAUGUGA